AUGAUUGAUGAUGAAUUAGCAAAAAUUUUUAAUAAAUUAUUUCAUUUGAAGGAGAAUGUUCAACAAAUUAAUAGAGUGGAACCAAUAAAAAUUGAAAAGGAAAUUGAAGGGAAAAUAGUUAGUAUGGAAUUAGAUACUGGAACAUCAGUUUCAAUUAUAUCAGAGCAUGAAUAUAGGAAAAAGUUUGGAGAAAUUAAAUUGGAGACAGAUGGGUUAAAAUUACAAUAUUAUACAAAUGAAACAAUAGAUACAUUAGGACACAUACAAGUAAAUAUUAAAUAUGAAAAUAAAAAAUUCAAAGGGAAAUGGUAUGUUCUCAAAGGACAAGGACCUAUGUUGUUAGGUAGAGAAUGGUUAAAAGAAAUGGGUACAUUAUCAGAUUUAUGCAUUAACAACUCAAUUAGGAAAACAUUAUUAAAUAUAGAUUUAAACAAUAUAGAUAAUGCAAUUGUAGAAAAAUUUCCUGAAGUAUUUAGUAAUGAAUUAGAAUUAUAUAAAGGUGAAGAAAUUGAGCUAGUAUUAGUAGAUAGUGCAAAACCCAAAUUUUUUUAA